CAUUGUCCUGCUGCUCGCUCUCAUAUUCUGCAGAGAGCGAUCAUUAUCAUCUCCAUCUAAACAUGUCGCAAAUUCGGUUUCUCUUCACCGUACUCAUCUCUUCCCUGUUCAUCCUCUCUGUCUCCUCUACGUUCCUCCAUCAUCACAUACCCAAAGAAUUAUAUCCAGUCCUUCAAUUGAAGAGAGCACUACUGGCUCGCAAAUUCCUCAUGGCCCAUAACAUUGUCAGAGGUGCCUACCACUUGCAACCCUUGACAUGGAACAGAACAUUGGCCAAAUACGCUCGUCGCUGGGCCUACCAACGCAUUAAUGAUUGUGAGCUGAUUCAUUCUCCUAAUAGUCCUUAUGGUGAGAGCAUGUUUUGGAGCAAGAAAGGGCACUGGGGUCCUGCAGAAGUCGUCAAAUGUUGGGCUGAUGAAAGGGCCUAUUAUGAUGAGAAAACAAAUGAGUGCAUCAAUGGGGAAAUUUGUGGCCAUUUUACGCAACUCAUAUGGAAGACCACCGAACAGGUAGGGUGUGGGCGCAUUCAAUGCAACUAUCAUAAAGGAUUUAUAUAUGUUUGCUCUUAUGAUCCUCCGGGGAAUUACUAUUUUGAGGGUCCAUUGGGUGGCACUUUUUCUAAAUCUAUAGUGUAUCCUCAUCACAAGUAG